CAUUCGCCAAAAGUCAAGCUGGCUCACUAGAGAUAUUGGAGCGCUUUGCAAAUAUUAGAGAUACGGUCUCGAUCUAAACAGCUUCCAUCACCAUGGACGACCCUCGCAAUCUGCCGCAACUGCGCAUACUGCAACGCCAGUAUUUCCAGCUGGUAGAGCCUCAGAAUCUCAAGUGGCCAGAUGAUGCUACGUUGAAAGCGCCGGAGGUGCAGUCGUGGUUGUUCAAGAAUCUGUUUGAUACAGCCAACGUCACUUCACCACCUCCGGAGCGCUACCAGCUCAGGACACUAAAACAACUCGUCGCAAAACUCGAGAGGUCGAUCACUGACCCGGAGGAGGAUGAAAUCUCAGAUGAUAUUAUGGAAGCGAUGACUACUCUGCUUAUUGCUGAUCUGCCCUCCGAGGCCGACGCGGCUCAGCAAAAAGCAUUUGUGACGUACUCUUACCCUGAGCGAUUAAAUGACGACAGCACAUCGCACGAGCGGGCAGUAACGCUGCUUGAAGCGCGAUCCGUCAUCUCAUCGUCUGGAACUACUGGUCUUAGGACGUGGGAAGCCGCGUUGCUUCUCGGAUCGCAUCUUGCAUCCGAGACUGGCCGAUCAUCCGUUUACGGGAAGAGAUUGUUUGAACUUGGCGCGGGAACUGGCAUGUUGUCAAUCCUUUGCGCAAAGCACCUGGGAGCUGCUGGUGUCGUUGCUACAGACGGCGACGAGGCCGUUGUCGAUGCCAUCAAAACCAAUCUCUUUCUCAAUGGACUCGAUGUCGAUGACAAGUCUCAGGUCCAGGUACGGACAGCGGCGUUAAAGUGGGGCUAUCCGGUUGAUGCGACGACAUUUUCCGAAGACUAUGGCAUGGAAGUGCCAGAUAUUGUGAUGGGAGCAGACGUCACAUACGACAAGUCCGUCAUACCGCGUCUGGUCUCGACCCUAGGAGAAUUCUUUGACAUCAACCCGGCACUCGAAGUCUUAAUAUCUGCGACGAUUCGCAACGAGCAGACGUUCGAGACUUUUUUGAACGCGUGUAAGCGGAACCGUUUCAGAUUCGAGCAGGUCAAUUGCCCACCGGUACCUGAACAUCAACAGGAAGGGCCGUUUUAUCCAACUUCGACCCCGAUCCAACUGUGGCGUGUCACGAAAGGACAAUCCAUGGACGACCCGUUUUCUGUUUGAGGUUUGUGAUGUUGAGAGAGAAAACUCUUGACCGACAUAUGAAGGCUAGACUUCUACUGCGGGUACACACACACACCCUGACGAUCGUGGACUGCUGCACAUAGUAAGGUGUCUGGUUUCAGGCCUAAGAGAUUUUCUGAUGAUUCACGAUCGUCGACGAGACGGUGAGGGCACUUUAGAAGAUCCGGUUGGCUCUUUCAUUGCGCGGCCGCUAGGAUAGAGUUACGCGAGUAGACAAUGGACC